AUGGCGGCCGUGGACGGAGCGCGAACGUCGCUGGAACCGGCAGCUUAUAGUUUUUCGAAUUUAAAAACGAAAGCGAAGGCGCGAGCGAGCGUGCGGCGCAUCUCGCCAAGGUUACGUAGUAGGGGCGGCGACCGGCGAGACUCGCGUGACGUCACAGGCGCCGGAAACGACGCCCGCCUCAUAGUUACGGUUACAUUU